UUCAUAGUAGCUUCGAAAAAAACACUGAACACAGUACACAAGAAAACAGACUCUCGCAGCCAGAAAAUCAAAUGAAGCAGCAGCAGCAAAAACGUGCAUAGCCAGACAUUUUCCACUGCUAAAAUUUUACAAAUCCAAAAAGUUCUAUCAUUCAACACUGUUUCACGAAGAAUUCUAUGCUACUGAUGUUAUAUUUUUAAACUAAACUAAACAUUUAAAUUUGCCAUCAAACAAAUGCAACGGACCAACGCCAUUUAAGUGAUACAACAAAACAAAUAAAAGUUUAAACAACAUAAGUGCUGUGAUUUCCACUACAAAACAACAACCAACCAACCAACCAACCAACAACAACAACAACAAAUGUUAAUUUAAACUGCAACCAGAACGUAAAGAGGAAGAAUUAAAGCAAUCAGCAAGAAAACAAACAGCAAAUUGUGAUAAAUUAAAUAAGCUUAAUUAAAUUGUAAAAGUGAUAUACAAAGAAGGCGACAAAAGCCGUCGGAAAAUUGCGAGCGAGCGAGCGAACGAACGACUUUCGAUUCGAUUCGACUUUCCAAGCCAACAAAACACAGAAAAACCGAUGAAAAUGGAUGUUAUUGCUCGGGAACAAAUCAUCUACGGUAGCCUGCAGGGAUCAAACAAAAAUAAAGAUUGGACCAGCAGACUGCCACCGCCGUCGGCAUACACUCUGGACCUGAUGUCCAAGAAGGCCAAGACGACAACCGGGGGCAGCAGCAAUGGCAGCAAUGCUACCGCCACAUCCACAACCACAUCCACAUCCAGCAGUAUUAAGCACAAGCAGCCGGCGGGCAGCAGCAACAACAAUGUUGGCCAAAGUCAGAGCAAGAAGACAAAGCCCAGCGGCAGCUACAAUAGCAAUAGCAACUACUACUACUACGCUGCUGACGAGGAGGAGGGCGGUAGCAAUGACUACGCACUGAGCAACUACGAUAAGAAGGCCGUCGAGGAGCUGUCCCUGCGACUGCUCGACGAACUGAGGGCGGCCAAGUCGCGUCAUUUGACCUGUACGGAAGUGUCGCUACCCUGUGAUCUCACGCCGAGCGUGGCCCGGGAAAUAAUCCGCGUGUCGGAGAAGGAGCCCCGCGGCAUACGCGGCUGCACCAUCUACAUUGAGUUCGAGGAUGAGCCGAAGAAUUCGCGUCGCAUUGCCUCGAUCAAGGUCGAUCCGGAUACGGUGUCCACAUUCGAAGUGUAUCUGACCCUCAGGCAGGAUCAUCGCGGCUGGACGUCGCUGUUGCCGCAGUUCAUGAAGAGCUUGGCCCGCACGAUCACCAUCAGUCCGGAGUAUACGAUCACCAAGAAUAAGCUGUACUCCGCCGAUGGUUUGGGCGCACGCAGGAGCUAUAGCUUCGGCAGCCACGCCCACAGCCCGAGUGCGGCCAUCGCCACGCCCACCAACUAAUGGUGAUCAGCUUGAUCUGUCAGAUAUGCAUAUGUUCGUAUAUGUGUCUGCGCGAAACAAAAAAAAAAAAACACCACCCCUGUGAUGAUCGAGAGCAGUAGUUUGUUGCAGUUGAAGUGCAACAACGAAGCAAGUAUUCGAAGCCACCCCACCUACACCACACACACACACACCUUUAAUACACACACACACAUACAUACACACAUACACAUUAGGGUACGCCAACCACACUCUCAUACUAAUACUAUAUAUGGGACCGUAAGGCCCGAUUUUUGUAAUUGUGACUCUCACCACCAUUUUACUUAGAUGCGUAGUGCUAUAACAAAUAACUAGAGUUUUAAGUUGUUUCUCCUUUUUCAAAAACGCAAAAGCAAGAAAAACAAAACCAGGCGGCAAGAGCGGAA